CGCCGCCGGGUCAUUUACCCCGCUCCGCAUGAGAAAUUAAACGCUGAUAAUCCAUUAGCUUCAUGUUCCCCGCUUACGCGGGAGUGAUGAGGACUUGCUAAUUAAUUUACACAGGAGGAAAUUAUCUCAGAAGGAAGGAAGAAUACCCCUUUGCACCUGCUCCGUCGAGGCUUGUCGUCUGAAUCGGGAGGAGAGCUAUAAAUCAUGUGAAGUGUGCGCGGCGGAGCCGGCUGCCCAGAGCGGCAGGAUUAUGUACCCCGACGCCGAGUUUGUGUUUCCCCCUAGGAAAAGGCAGAAACUCAGGACACGAACUCACAUACUUUUUCAGACCGUGAGAAAUGGCAUGAGACAUUAUACUGAUGACAGAUUAUACCCGAGACAUUCAUUAUGUGACUAGGCAUCCCAAAUUUCAGAUGUUUCAGAAACUUGCUGUGUGUGUUCAUCACCAGUUCUGCCAACCAGCUCUUCAAGAGGAGACUUACCUAUUGGUUCAUUAGUCAAGCAUAACAUUGUCUUGAACUAAUUAUUCCUCUCCACAUGGCCUUCCUACUGGUGUCAGCUUGUCUUCUGCUGACUCAUACUCAGGGUGCUCCUGUUGAGAAUGGGGCACUGCUGGAAACACUGAAGUCACAAGUGGGAUUAUUCAGCAAUAAAAGCGAACACUAUUCGGCACAGGUGAGACCUCCUGGCACAAGCCGACGAAUACCUCAGACGAUCAUAAUAGGAGUUCGUAAAGGAGGGACAAGGGCUCUGCUGGAAAUGUUGGAUAUUCAUCCUAAUAUUGUAGUAGCAGCUACAGAAGUCCACUUCUUUGACUGGGAUGAAAAUUAUGUGAAAGGAAUAGACUGGUAUAGGAGUCUGAUGCCAUUUUCUUAUGGAAAUCAAAUUACAAUUGAGAAAACACCAGGCUAUUUUACAUCGCCACAGGCUCCAGAAAGAAUUCAUGACAUGAACAGUUCUGUUAAACUGCUGCUCAUUCUAAGAGAUCCCACUGAGAGAGUUAUAUCUGACUAUACCCAAGUAUAUUACAACAGAGUAGAAAGCCACAAGCCUGUUCAGCUUUUUGAAGAUAUUGUUAUUAAGAAUGGAGCACUUAAUACCAAAUACAAAGCUAUUCAGAGAAGUCUAUAUGAUGUUCAUAUGAAAAAGUGGCUCAAGCAUUUCAGUUUGGAUCAGAUUCACAUAGUGGAUGGUAAUACUUUAAUCAAGGACCCUCUUCCUGAAUUACAGAAAGUUGAGAAAUUUCUCAAUCUUCCUUCUCGAAUUUUGUCUUCUAAUUUUUAUUUUAACCAAACCAAGGGAUUCUACUGCAUUAGAAGCGAUGGAAGAGAGAGGUGUUUACAUGAAUCCAAAGGGCGCCCCCAUCCUAUUGUCAACAAUACUGUUUUAGAGCAACUUCAUUCUUACUUCAGAGAGCACAAUGCAAAAUUUUACAGAAUGGUUAAUCAUUCUUUUGACUGGCAUUAAUGAAUUUAGAAUCAGUGUUUCUUGAAAAGGGCCUGCGAUAGAUGAACUAUUUCAAACAAAUCUUUGUAAAGCAUAAUGCAUCAUAUUAUGAGAGCUUAACGUACUGGUAAUAUGGAAGCAGACAAAACGGUUUACUCUUUUGAAAUAAAACAUCUAUUAACUCAUUUUAAUGACACCCUUUAUAUAGGGAAAAAUGUUUGACAUAUUUGUAUGAUUACUGUGGAUAAUAUUCUCUUUUUUUUCCCCCCCUCCCUUCUUACAAAUGCAUUAACUUCAAUGGACUUACUUUAGAACUGUUACAAGUUUUGAACGGUUUAGGGAAAAAAAAAAUGUCUGCUUCCAGUGUAAAAAAGUGUAAAUAUUUGAAAUAGUAUUAUUCUGACUGUUCUGUAUUUUUUGUUGUAUUUUUUUUAUAUCAGACACCAUGAUAGUGGCAUUGAUUUCUAGAAUUUUUCAUACAAGAAGUUAAAUAUGUAUGUUCAAACAGAGGCAUACAUAGUGGCUCCAUUGAAUAAUUCCUAGUUUGUCAAUGAGUCAAAGUUCUUAAUAAAAUAAUAAUAAAAGAAAUUCAUUUCACCUAUGGUUUUUGAAUAGGUGAACUAGAAGCUUCCCUGACUGUAUGACAUUAGUAUUAAGCCACACUCUUAAGAGCUUAUAUUUGCCAAAAAAAAAAAAGAAAGAAAGGAAAAAGAAAAAAAUAACCCUCCAAACUAAGUAAGAAUAGGAACUGUUUGAAGAAGCUUUAAGUGAGGGUUCUGAAUGUAAAGAAAUUAAGAUUCCAGGCAACCUCAAUUUACACUGUUACUCUGUAUAUUAAAAAAUAAAUUUGUGAAUGCAAAAAAAUUAUUAAUAUCUGCAACUGUACAAAUGUUUGAUUAUGUAAGUUAUGUCACUUUUCUCUUGAAUGAAAGACAUUUCUUUAUCAGUACUACCAUAUUAAUCAUGUUUGUGUUUUGUGACUAAUAAUUGUUCUAUUUGUCGCCUCCCUUUAGUUUACAUAUCUACUCUGGCAUAUUGUUUCUUGAAAGAAAAAAAAAGGUUAUUUGCCUGCCCUCCAGAGCAUAGAGUAAUUUAUUUCUUUGUAAUUUCUCACAGAGAUCAUGGGAUAUACUCAGAUUUAAAAGUAACUCCUUGUUAUAUUGUAUAUCUCAGACACAAUAGUUUUCGAGAUACAAAGUAUGACAUAGAUCAUAUUUAAAAAUUGUGUCCGUCUAUAUUAAUGCAUUAGGAAUUUUUUGGUUUUAAUUUUUUUUUGUUUGACAAUAUUGUGCUCUCUUUUUUUUUUUCACGUAACAACCUUAUAUAUCAAUACCAAAGAAGAAAAUCAACUUGAAAUGUUGAGAGUGUGCUACCAAAUAGAAAUACAUUGAAAGCUCUACUAGUUUGUGUUUGUUUGAACCCUUGCAAUCCAGAAACACUGCUGCGCCCCAUAGACGCUUUCAUUAGGUGCAAGCCCCUAUGAGCUUCUGAGGACACUGCAGCGCUGAGUCUGUGCAAGCCCACGCUGAGCAUCUAACGCCACCUAAUCCUGUCAAGGAUCCUGAAUCUCUGUGUUCUUCUGUCUAAACCACUGUGCAGCCUACUGGAGUAAAUGGUUCUAACGUGGCAUUUGGUCUUCCAAUUCAUGGACUAAGAGGUACGUAUUGCAGUGCUAAUUUUUAGGCUUCUAAUCACUUCAUGAAAGCACUGUUUAAACGUUAGGCAGGUAGCAGUCUUCUUCCACUGAAGCUGGACAGAAUCAAAGCCAGCUAGAUUAUAUGGAAAUAACCUUCAUUAAAUACUCCCCCACUAAA